AUGAAGACUCUUGCACCUUAUAGCAACGGUACUGAUACGAUUGAUGCGGAGAAUGAUUCCGUGGACAAUGGUGAUACUUUCAUGAUAUUUGAGGUGGUGUGUACGUUCGCCAUGACUGUUUUGGGUGUUCCCGGUAACUGCCUCAUCUUACGUGUGUAUCACUCCAAGCGUCGCCGGACGACCACCCACAUCUUCAUCAUGGCGCUUGCCUGGGCCGAUCUCUUGUCAUGCUUAGUGUCCACACUCACGGCGGCUUCGCAGGUCAUGAUGCUGGCCGGGACACCGAUGCCUGAAGCUUUGAAUAACGCGAUCGUGUACAUCAGAGCCGUUCCGCUUACCGUUUCGCUUUUUAUCACGGUCAUGAUCGCCAUCGAUCGUUACGACUGCACGUGCCGAUCUCUUCGACGCGUCCUAAACCAGAGACGGGCCAAGAUGGCAGUACUAUGUUCCCUGGUCUUCUCCGUCUUAAUUAGCAUCCCUUUUUUCCUGGGUUAUGUCUAUCCCAACAGCUUGGUUAUCAAGAAAACGAGGAUUGUAACCCAAUACCUAAGUUUCUUCAUGGCGGUCAGCUCAGUGACAUUUUGUUAUGGCAACGUGUACUGGAAAAUCCGCCAACACGUUCGAGUUGGAGUAACCGAAAGUACGGCCACAAAGGCGCCUCCUUCGAACAGUACCAGCGAAACCAUGUCCGCAGCGAUUGUUCUCCGGACACAGACGGUAAAUGUAGCCGACCGUAGUCUGCUUGGAGAGAGCAGCGGUGGAGCGGCCUCAUCGGCACCGGCACUUGACGCCUGGCAACCCCGAGAGACCGCGGAAGCAGCAGACACGCCUCGUCGAGUACCACCAGGGCGUCAAUUGGAAGGGGGACGCAGCUUGAACGCCAACCUGCAGCGUAAGACCACAAGAAUGCUCUUCAUCACCAGUGUGGUGUUCCUGCUGACCUGGCUGCCGUAUUGGAUCUAUUUGGCAGUCUAUAUGGCGGCUCUGUCGGGCGCACAGAUAGACCCCGCGGUAUUCAAUGUGUUCCUUUAUCUCAUAUACACAGUGUACGUCAAUAACGUCGUUAACCCGUUCAUUUACGGCCUCGCUAACAGCCGAUUCCGGAAAGAUUGUCUGGACGUAAUUCGCAAGCUGAAACGGUGUUGAGUUUUGCUUAACUUUGAGGAUUGUAUUUAUUAUCUGCAAGGUAAUGUAGAACAGUGUAACU